AUGUCUCCUGCCACUGAAUUCUCUGAACGUCAACAUCCCGAUACCAUUGUCCUUUUUGAUGUGGAUGGUACCUUGACUCCUGCUCGUGCUUUUGUUUCCAAGGAGAUGAAGGAUACUUUGGCUAACCUUCGCAAAAAGACCGCUAUCGGUUUCGUUGGUGGUUCAGAUCUUAGCAAGCAAUACGAACAACUUGGUAACUCCAUCCUUGAGGAUUUUGACUUUUGCUUUGCUGAAAAUGGUCUCACUGCCUAUCGCUUAGGUAAGCAAAUGGCUUCUCAGAGUUUCAUUCAAUGGAUUGGUGAAGAGGAAUACACCAAGUUGGUCAACUUUUGUUUGCGUUAUAUUGCUGAUAUGGAUCUUCCCAAGAAGCGCGGUACCUUUAUUGAAUUCCGUAACGGUAUGAUCAAUGUGUCUCCUAUUGGGCGUAACUGUUCAAGAGAAGAGCGUAAUGAGUUUGAGAAAUAUGAUCUUGCUAGAGGUCUUCGCAAGAACUUUGUUGAGGCCCUCAGAAAAGAAUUUGCCCAUUUGGCUUUGACCUUCUCCAUUGGUGGCCAAAUUUCAUUCGAUGUGUUCCCUACUGGCUGGGACAAGACCUACUGUUUGAAGCAUCUCAAGGCAGACGGCUUCAGGACCAUCCAUUUCUUUGGCGACAAGACCUUCGAGGGAGGCAAUGACUACGAGAUUUACACCCAUCCUGAUGUUGUUGGCCACAGCGUCAAGUGUCCUGAAGAUACCAUUCGUAUUCUUGGUGAACUCUUCCCUUAA